GUCAGUUGCAUGUUUACUUGCUUUGUCAGCGGUGUCCUCUCAGCAGCACAUAUCUCAGGCACCUCAGCUGCUGCUGAACAAAACCUUGGACUUUUAUCUCAUAGAGUGACUUAUCACACUGUCAGGGCUCCUUAUCAAGACGCUCCUCUCUCGUAACGUCUUGUGGCCAGCCCCUUUGCGGACCUUGAGUGGGGGCACGUCGGGUUCACAGGGUGUUCUUUUCUAGCUAACGGAACGAUGACGUUAAAAUCCAAUAAAAACGAACCCGCUGUCAUACUGGAGUCGGUGAACAGCGUCCGGACAGCCCUCUCCGACCUGUACCUGGAGCAGCUGCUUCAAAAUAAACCAAAGUCUGACAAGGCCGCUAUGCAAACCUAUGAGAAUAAGGGAGCGGAGGUUUACACCAACGGUAGCGCUGGACACAUGAAUGGCACAGAACUGACCAGGAUGAGAGAAGUGGAAUUUGAAAAGAAUCCUUCAGAGCCAAUGGGUGUCACUCUGAAGCUGAACAACAAACAAAGGUGCACUGUGGCCAGAAUAUUGCACGGGGGUAUGAUUCACAGACAAGGGUCCUUACACGAAGGGGACGAAAUAGCAGAAAUCAACGGGAAAAGUGUGACAAACCAAACUGUGGAUCAGCUCCAAAAGAUCCUAAAAGAAACCAACGGAGUAGUCACAAUGAAGAUCGUUCCCAACGUGCAGAGCCGAUCCCGAGCCUGUGAGAUGUACAUGAGGGCCCAGUUUGACUAUGACCCGGCCAAAGAUGACCUCAUCCCAUGCAAAGAGGCAGGUCUGAAGUUUCAAACUGGUGACAUCAUUCAGAUUAUCAACAAGCAGGAUCCCAACUGGUGGCAGGGCAGAGUGGAGAGCAGCGUUGCUGACUUUGCUGGACUCAUCCCCUCCCCAGAGCUACAGGAAUGGAGGGUGGCAAGUAAAAGCAAGGCCAGAGAGGGCAGUCAGUCCUGCAGCCCAUUCGGAAAGAAAAAGAAGUGCAAAGACAAGUACCUGGCUAAACACAGCUCGAUUUUUGACCAGCUGGAUGUGAUUUCUUAUGAGGAGGUUGUUCGGCUCCCUGCUUUCAAAAGGAAAACACUGGUGCUUAUUGGUGCACCUGGCGUAGGAAGGAGCCAUAUCAAAAAUGCACUAUUGACUAAAUACCCCGAGAAGUUUUCCUACCCUGCACCACACACCACCAGACCCCAACGUAAGGAGGAGGAGGAUGGACAGGAAUAUUAUUUCAUCUCCAAUGAAGCCAUGACCAAGUGCAUCUCUGGAAAUGAGCUUCUGGAGUACGGCAGCUUCCAGGGAAAUAUGUUCGGUACCAAAAUUGAAACCAUCCAGAAGAUCCACGAGCAAGGCCAAAUCUCUUUGCUGGAUAUAGAACCGCAGACCUUGAAAGUCUUGCGGACUGCUGACUUUGCACCUCUCGUGGUGUUCAUCGCUCCGACCAACACAGCUGCCCAGACGGAAAACCUGCUGAUGAUCCAGAAAGAGUCGGACGCCAUUUUGGCCACAUAUAGACACUUCUUUGAUGUGGUUCUUGUCAACAACGACGUGGAUGAAAGCGUGAAAGGUGUGGAGGAGGCCAUGGAGCAUGCCACCUCCACCCCACAGUGGGUGCCUGUAUCUUGGGUGUACUGACAGAUGUCUGGCACCAGUGUAAUACCUUUUUAUGUUUGUUAAAAAGCAGUGCAAUAUCACUCCUUACACGGCACGAGUUAGCGAUGUCCCAGGUGUGUAUGGGUUUACUUUUGUUAAUUGUCAGAGAUUUUUUUCCCACAAAUGCAUCCGAAUAACAAGCAAUAUGUCGAAAGGCUUAGAACCUCACCAGGGAUGUUUUUGUUUGGCUGUUUUAGGCAUUUGUGCUUCAGGUUUUCGAGGGUCAUGGGGUAGUUUUGGUGCCACACAUCUUUGCGAUUGUUAGAAUGUGAGCAAAUGCAAAAUAGGACCACAACUGUGAAUGAAAUCCUCCCUUUUUAAAUGACAGGAUUUUUAACAUGUAAAACAUUAUUUCUGGAUUCAUUGUCUGUUUGUUUUUUUGUUAUUAGAUUGUGCCAUGAAAUUGAGAUUCUGAAACUCAGUGUGUGUAACUCCAUACAACCAAAAUGUCUUCUACACCAAACCUUCACUUGUUUUGUCUCAUCAAAAUUGUAUACCUCAUGGUAAAGGCACUUUUAAACAAAAAAAUAAAUUUCCCAGCUCUGUUUCAACUG